AUGACAAUGGCUGUGAUGGUGAGGUGCUACCUGCUCUGUUUACUAACUCUUGCACUGUGUUGUGCUAGUGGGUUAGUAUGGGCUGAUAGUCCUAAAGCUUCUGAUGCCCUUAUUAAACCUUCUACUGUUGGUGUUCCUUCUCUUGUUCGUCGUGCUAUUCCUGCACAGGAAGAAGAAGGUUUUUGGCUUCAUCAUGUGGAAGAGGAGGAUGGGGAAGAUGAAGAGCAUCUUUCUGCGUCUCCUUCUUGUGGUGAUAGUUCGAAUUCUCCUGAUUGUCGUAAAUCUGUUGCUGCUGAAAGAACAGUUAGUGGGAAGGGACUUAAACAGGAGAUGAGCGAAAGGGAAGAAUAUGUUAAAACACGUCAAGAACUGGAACGGGCAAAUUCCGAACUUGAGACGACACAAGCAAAACAGCAAGUCCAUCAACGCAAAGUUGCAGAAAAUAGCAAACAAUUAAGUCCGCCUGAGGCAAAGUUAGUUGAAAUGUCUCUUGACCCUUUACAGUCCUCUCCUGAUCAACUAAGUGAACAGGCUUCUUCUCUUUCUCCCCAUUCUGAAGAGCCACCUAAACUUAUUUCUGAAGUAUCCAGCAAACCAAAUACAGAUGACACUCUUAAUAGUGCUGUUACUGCCUCUGGAAAACCAAAAGAAGGACUUGAAGUUGCAAAGGGCCAAAGGGAUCCUGGUAGUGGUGGUGCGCCUAGUCAACUGGAUGAAGGUUCUGCUGGUCCUACUGGUGGCAGUUCAGGUUCUCAUCCCUCUACUCAUACGCAUAAUAAUACAACACCUGCUGAUCCUGAUACUGCAAUUUCUACUCCUGCUUCUCCUGCAGCUGACGAUCAAACUGGAAACACUGGCAGCAGUACUGCUGGAGAAACUGCAGCUCACCACGGCAAUAAAGCACCACAACCUUCUUCUUCUAACAAACCUGACACAGGUAAUGCCGGUGAAUCUGAAACUUCAACGACCGAGAGUGGUACUGCGUCUGCACAGAGUGAGUCAUCAAGCAACCAAUAA